UAUGCAACAAAACAUUAUUUUAUUAGUUCUCGUGUUCUAUAGUCAUUUGGCCUGCUCUUACUCAUUAUUCUUUAGAGUGGGGUCUAUCAGGUGAACCUGUUUUCUUUUAUUGAUUCGCAAGGGUAAAGUAACUAAAUUUAAGCUCAUGGAUUUGUUGGAAGCAUUGUGGAACUUGAGAAAAUCUUUGAAAUGGCGGUUAAAGGACCAGAUGAUGAGAAAACAGCUGCUGCUACAAUUUUUUGUGGUGCCUCGUUACUUCGUGGUUGGAACAUACAGGAACACACUGUCUACUUUAUAACUAGGUUGUUGUCUCCUCCAGUUCCUGCAGAGUAUUCUGGAAAAGAGAGCCACUUGAUUUCCUAUGCACCAAUGCUGAAUAUCCUACUAGUUGGGAUAGCACCUGUAGACUAUGUGCAGAUAUUUUCUCUUCAUGGCAUGGUUCCACAACUUGCUGGUUCUCUGAUGACGAUCUGCGAAGUAUUUGGGUCGUGUGUUCCUAAUGUCUCAUGGACACUGCCUGCAGGAGAGAAAAUUACAGCUCAUUCUGUUUUUUCAAAUGCAUUUACUCUACUUCUAAAGCUGUGGAGGUUUAACCAUCCACCAAUUGAGUACGGAGUAGGGGAUGUGCCACCCGUGAGCUGCCAUUUGACUCCUGAACACCUCUUACUAAUACGUAAUUCUCAUGUAUCAUUGUGUGAAAAUGUUGUAAAGGAACCUCAUAGAAGGAGACUCGCAGCUGUUGCGAGUUCAUCCUUUCCCAACCCAAUAUUUAUGGACUCAUUUCCUAAACUGAAGGUAUGGUAUAGGCAGCAUCUUGCAUGUAUUGCUUCGACUCUCUCUGGACUUGUAAAUGAUACCCCUGUCCACCAGACCGUUGAUUUACUACUCAACAUGAUGUUCGAAAAAAUUAAUAUGGGGAGCCAAUCUCUGAACACAUUAACAUCUGGUAGUAGUUCUUCUGGGUCCACAAGUGAUGAUACUUUCCCUAGGCCUAAAUUACCUGCUUGGGAUAUCCUUGAAGCAGUUCCCUUUGUGGCUGAUGCUGCUUUAACAGCUUGCGCCCAUGGUAAACUCUCUCCUCGGGAACUGUGCACAGGGCUUAAAGAUUUGGCCGAUUUCCUUCCUGCAUCCUUGGCAACCAUAGUCAGUUACUUCUCAGCUGAGGUUACACGUGCCAUCUGGAAACCCGCUUUUAUGAACGGGAGUGAUUGGCCAAGUCCUGCUGCAAAUCUAUCGAGUGUGGAGGAGCAAAUCAAGAAAAUCUUGGCUGCCACUGGUGUGGAUGUACCAAGCCUUGCUGCAGGGGGAAGCUCUCCUGCUACACUUCCACUGCCAUUGGCUGCUUUUCUCAGUCUGACAAUAACCUAUAAACUUGACAAAUCUUCACAACGUUUUCUCAAUCUAGCAGGCCCUGCUUUAGAGUUACUUGCAGCCGGCUGUCCAUGGCCAUGCAUGCCGAUUGUGGCAUCUUUAUGGGCUCAAAAAGCUAAACGCUGGAGUGACUUCCUCGUGUUCUCUGCAUCACGCACCGUGUUCCUUCACAGCAACGAUGCUGUUGUGCAGCUUCUCAAAAGUUGCUUCUCUGCUGCCAUUGGAACAAAUGCUUCUCUCUCAAGCAAUGGUGGCGUCGGAGCCCUUCUUGGGCUUGGGUUUGGAUCACAUUUUCAAGGCGGAGUCUCUCCUGCUGCCCCUGGCAUCCUGUAUCUGCGAAUCUACAGAUCCCUAAGAGAUGUCAUGUUCUUGAGAGAAGAGAUUCUUUCUGUGCUGAUGCAAUCGGUGAUAGACAUAGCUUUUAGUGGUCUACCCGGAGAGAGGUCAGAAAAGUUGAAGAAAGUGAGAAAUGGAAUGAAGCACGGCAGCGUUUCUCUAGCAACAGCGAUUUCUAAAGUGAAAGUUGCAGCUUCCCUCGGGGCUUCUUUGACAUGGCUUUCAGGGGGAGUUGGGCUUGUCCAAUCAUUAAUCAAAGAGACAUUGCCAUGUUGGUUUCUAUCAGUUCAUGCGUCCGACCAAUCAGAGUCAGCUGGUAUAGUUCCAAUGCUGAAGGGAUAUGCGCUUGCAUACUUCACCAUACUCUGCUUUGUUUUUGCUUGGGGCAUAGACUCAUCAACUUCGGCAUCAUCAAAGUGCCGUCCCAAAGUUCUAUGCCAUCAUAUAGAAUUCCUGGCAAGUGGUCUAGACGGCAGGACCUCACUUAGUUGCAAUCAGGCUACUUGGCAUGCCUACGUGUCCGGAUUUUUGAGCCUGGUGGCACAUCGCAUGCCAACCUGGGUGUCUGAGGUGAAUGUAGAGCUGCUAAAGAGGCUGUGUAAAGGGCUGAGACAAUGCAAUGAGGGAGAGCUUGCCCUUGCUUUACUUUGCGCUGGUGGGGUACGCUCAAUGGGAUUUGCCGCAGAGUUGAUUAUAGACGGCCUAUAGUCCCAGGUUUUGUAGAUUCACUUGUUCUAAUAUGCUUAGUGUUUGUACAUCUAAAAAUAGUGUGUAGUGCACAUUGAAACCUCAGGUUCUCUCUAAUGG